CAAUCAAUCAGAAUGACUGGUCGCGGCAAAGGAGGCAAAGGACUCGGAAAGGGAGGCGCCAAACGGCAUCGCAAGGUUCUGCGUGAUAACAUCCAGGGAAUCACCAAACCCGCCAUCCGCCGUUUGGCUCGUCGUGGAGGUGUCAAGCGUAUCUCCGGUUUGAUCUACGAGGAAACCCGAGGUGUCCUGAAGGUUUUCCUGGAAAACGUGAUCCGCGAUGCUGUGACAUACACUGAACACGCCAAGCGGAAGACCGUCACCGCCAUGGAUGUGGUCUAUGCGCUGAAACGCCAAGGACGUACCCUGUACGGUUUCGGCGGUUAA